GCCGCCCCCCGCGCACCGCUGCCCCGCGGGGUGUAGGGCCGCGCGCGUUCGCGAGGGGCGAAGGCGGCGGCGCCCCCCGGGACCAUGCGGUGAGCGGCAGAGUGUCGGUGGAAGAUGAACGACGCCGAAAUCACAAAGCCACCACUAGCACCAAAACCAAAGAUUAUCAUCAGUCAUCUUUCUCCAGUAGCUGCCUCCAAAUUUUCUCCUUCACUGCCAAGGGCUGAUAUUCUUCACAACCCAAACUCUAUGUCUAGGGGUCCCAAACCACCUAUUGCCCCAAAGCCAAAAUUCCCAGCUGACACUGAGGGCAAAUCCAGUGUUUAUACCAACAAUAACUUAAAUAAAUGCUCAAAUGGCAAAGUGGUAUGUCUUGAUGGAGAGCUGUAUGAAAGAAACCAAUGCAACGCUGACUGCCCAGACUCUGAAUCCAGUAAUGAAUACAUUGUCUUUCCUGAAGCUCAGCUGACCAGUAAGGACUGUAAUGACUUGGAACAUGAGCAUGAUCAGAACCUCGAUUCCUCUCUGGAAAAUGAAGUCUCAGAAACUUCAGAAGGGGUAGAGAAGGCAAAGGAUAACACCGCUAAUGACGAGGAUACCAGAAAUCGAGAAGUCACUGAAGAUAAACUCCAUAACGCUUCAGAUAUUGCUGAACCAAUGGAACCAGACUCUGAAGAGUCAACCAGAGACUAUGACCUGUCUGAAGAACCUUAUGAUGAGUCCUCAGAUGCCCCUGAUGGAGAUGAUGAUGCUUCCAAGAAUUUAGGUGAAGAUGAGCAUGUUGCUGAUUGUACUGAAACAAAAAACAAUGAGGAAACUUCUGAUAACCUGGAACUGGUUAAGGACAGGAGUGAUUGUAAGACUGAAAGCAGUAUCAUUUUGAAUACAGAUGAGGAAGUAAUAGGUGACAUCUGCGAAGAUACCAUUGUAAUGCCACUGCCCACAGAUGAAUCAGUCCCAAAUUGUGAGAAGGCAGGGAUGGAGGAGGAGGAACUGCCAGGGAUUUUAGAGAAGGGACAUGGGUGUUUUGCACAUGAUGGUGACCACAGUGCACAUGCAGACCUUGAUUUGAACAUAGAAGGCGAGUUAGAAACAAACUGUGCAAGCCCUGUCAUGUUGCCCAAGGAGAUCAGCAAAGAAACAGGUUUUGACUUAGGACCAUGUGAAGAUGAACCCAAUAUUGAAAAUUGUUUGGGAGAGUCCAGCCCUCAAACAGCAGCUGAAGAGGAGGAAGCAGAUCCAGAUGAUCACAAGAAUUCAGAUACCAGUGAAAGCUGCCAGAUCACAGAGAGGAGAGGUGAGGAGAAGACAGAGGUAGCCUGUGAAGCAAGCAGAGACUCUGAGGAAGGCGAAGAGGAAGCUGUGAAUGCAGAGAAUAUGGAAGACAGCUGUCAAAUUGCUGCUUAUGAGAAUGAAUGUGGUGAGGAAAAACCCUUGGAACGUUCAUGGGUUCUUGAGAAUCUUCAAAAAGAAGGGGCCUCUCUGGAAGACGAUGUGAUUUCUGAGAGUUUACCUAGUAGUCAAGGGAUAGAGCCAGAGCUGGAAGAUGAGACUGUUGAAGAGCUUAGUGAAAGUACUGUGGAAACCUCUAAGUCAGAUGAGCUGGAACUUGGAGACGGUGAGGUGGAAGGCAACAGCCUCAGCAAAAGCAUCCCAAGUCCGCCUCAACAGGUACCACUUGAGGAAGAAUUAGAAGUCUAUAAGCAUGGCAAAAUUAAUGUAGAAACUGGCAUCAAACAUGUCUUGCAUAAAAAUCUAUCAGUCCCUGAAGUGGUCAUUGUACCUGAAGAAUCAAAGGAAAGAGAAACUAGCAGGGAUUCUCUAGAUGAUCCUUAUGUGCUUCCUGCAGAAAAUGAAAUUGCUUAUGAUUGGCAGACUGAUUUAGGAGCUGAUCACAGUAAAAGGGAUGAAUUAGGCAUGUAUGGUGAAAACAACUUGCUGCCCACUGAUUGUAAAAGCACUGUCACUAGAACACGGUCACUCUCUGGGAAAAUGCCGGGCUAUGUCCCAGAAACAGUUCCAGAAGAAACUGGACCUGAAGCUGAUUCAACAUCUUCACACAAUGGCCCUGGGACAGAGCAUUUAAGCAAUAACUUUUUUUCACUGGAAGGAAAACCAGUGGAAGCCAACAGGGCAUUACCAACCAAGUCAAGACGUUUUAUUUUAUAUCCUCGAUCUUACUCUGUUGAAGGGAGAGAGAUACCUGUCUCUGUUAACAGAGAAAGUGAUGGCUGUGUACUGGAUGAUGGUAGAAUAAAAAGGACAGAAGACAACUUGUCUUUGCCUUGUGUUAAUGGUUCCUCAGGUAGUUUUUCCCAGAGAAAUCAUCUUUCAUCAUGUGGCUUGUCAACCCCAUCCUCAGUUGUUGAUAUACCACCUCCUUUUGAACUUGCCUACAUCACCAAAAAGCCAAUCACUAAAAGUUCCCCCUCCCUUUUGAUAGAGAAUGACUCACCUGAUAAGUAUUCCAAGAAAAAGAAAUCUUCCUUUAAGAGGUUCCUCACUCUAAAAUUCAAGAAGAAAACUGAAAGUAAAGUCCACAUAGAUGUUAAUGUUUCCUCUUCAAGGUCCUCAUCUGAGUCUAGCUAUCAUGGGCCUCCAAGGCUGGUGGACCUGGACAGAAGGAGCCUCAGUAGCUCACCUCAACUAAAAUCACAUGUGGGGAAGCUCCGUGCAGCUGAGUCUCCCUCAGCUAUUCUUUUCUAUAAGGAUGGUAAAAGAAAAGGAACACCCAAGUCCUUCAGCAGGAGCGUGUCAAGGGUAGAGUCCUUCGAAGACCGGUCCAGACCUCCUUUCAUGCCACUCCCAUUAACAAAACCUAGGUCCAUUUCUUUUCCCAAUGCUGACACAUCUGACUAUGAGAACAUUCCUGCUAUGAGCUCUGACUAUGAAAACAUACAAAUUCCUCCUAGAAGAUCCACCAGAGCAGGAACAUUUACUGAGUUUUUUGAAGAUCCCAGCAGGGCAUUAUCUGCUGCUAAUGAGAAUGAUGGCUAUGUGGACAUGAGCAGCUUCACUGGCUUUGAGAACAAGCAGCAAACCACAGACCAGGAAACAGAAAGUGCCUACACGGAGCCCUACAAGGUGUGCCCGGUCUCUGUGAUACCAACGGAGGUCAUCACAUCAGAUGAGGAACAGAAGAAUUCAGAAGAAGACAAGAGCAGCCUGGACGAUCCCAGCCUCAUCAACAAGAAAGAAGGCCAGUCCAGAGCCUACCUCAUUGCUCAGGAGCUGAUGUGUUCAGAAAAAGUAUAUGUGGAAAUGCUCCAGCUUUUACGUGUGAACUUCUAUGAAAGUAUCUUGAAAAUGCUUGGAGAAGAAGAUGAAAGUGAAGUUCAACUCAAGCAAGGCUUAAGUGAACUCCCUGAAAUUCACGAACUACACCAAGACAUCCUGGGAGAACUGGAAGAAAGAGUUCUUAAAUGGGAAGAACACCAGAAAGUUGCAGAUGUUUUCCUCUCCAGUAAAUCAAGGCUGAAUCACCACACAGCAUACAUUAAGCAGUUUGAUAAGAAUUUGGCUUUGCUAGAUGAAACCUGCCUUAAAUAUUCAAAACUGGCUACCAUAAUUCAGGAGUUUGAGCAGAGCUCUGGUGGCAGCCCUCAGAGUGUGAAACAUCAGCUUUUGAAAGUGGUGCAGCGUGUCUUCCAGUACCGAGUGCUGCUCACAGAUUACUUGAAUAAUCUUUGCCCUGAUUCUGCUGAGUAUGAAGCUACACAAGCUGCCUUAUUCAUUGUUUCUGAAAUCACAGACCAAGCCAAUGACAGCAUGCUCCAAGCGGAAAACUUGCAGAAGCUGGUACACAUUCAGCACAGUGUGAGAGGGCAGAGUGGCCUCCUCCAGCCAGGAAGGAUCUUCGUUAAAGAAGGAACACUGAUGAAAGUCUCAGGCAAAAAUAGGCACCCUCGGCAUUUGUUCUUGAUGAAUGAUGUUCUGCUGUACACAUAUCCUCAGAAGGAUGGCAAGUACCGACUGAAAAACACCUUGGCUGUGUCAGGCAUGAAGGUCAGCUGCCCAGUGACAGAAAAAGCCCAAAACAUCCUGAAGAUUGAAUAUGAUGAAUACUGCCUGACCCUGUCAGCAAGCUCUUGCUCAGAAAGGGAUGACUGGUACAACUGCAUCAGCAGACACAUCCCAGAGGAUGACAAAGCUCACAACACUUCAACUUUCCACAGCAGCGUGGAGCUAAGGGAAAGGCUUGGAAUACCACUGGGUGAGAGGCCUCCUACUUUGGUACCUGUGUCUCACGUCAUGAUGUGCAUGAACUGUGGCUGUGACUUUACCCUGACUCUGAGGCGACAUCACUGCCAUGCCUGUGGGAAGAUUGUAUGUCGAAACUGUUCAAGAAACAAGUAUCCUAUGAAGUACCUCAAAGAUCAAGCAGCUAAAGUCUGUGAUAGCUGCUAUGUGGAAUUUAAGAAAAGAGAGCGGCCACUAAGUAUGAGCUUCCCUCCAACUUCACUCACUUCAUCCAGGUGUUCAAGCAGUGCCUUCUCCUCUGUCUUCCACAAUAUUCAUUAUUCAUCCUUCAAGAAACAGAAGAAGAUCCCUUCUGCUCUUAUGGAGGUGGCAGCUUCAGGAGAGGGAGCUACAAUCAGUGGUUACCUCAGCAGAUGUAAGAGAGGCAAAAGACACUGGAAGAAACGGUGGUUUGUUAUCAAAGGCAAGGUUCUCUACACGUACAUAGCAAACGAGGACAAAGUUGCCACAGAAAGUUUGCCUUUGUUGGGUUUCACAAUUGCCCCAGAAAAUGAGGAAGGAAGUACAGAUUCAGUUUUCCAUCUCUACCACAAGCAGACUCUCUUUUAUAGCUUCAGAGCAGAGGACAACGAUUCAGCACAGAGGUGGAUUGAAGCCAUGGAGGAAGCGUCCAUAUUAUAGCAGCUGUUAAUCAAUGGACUUGGAAUAAAUUCUCAAGGCUUCAUUACAUUUCUCUCUUACAAAACUGAACAGUGUAUUUCAGGCAAAGUGGCUAUGUACACUGGAUAUGAACUCUUACAAGAUUGUUGGUUUUUUUUUUGCUUCUUCUGUCAUCCAAAUUUUUAUAAAUGGAAUCUUUAAAGUAGAGAAUAUUUAUGGUGGUCUUGAUGUCUGUGUAAAUUCAACCUCUCCUCCUCCAGUCCCACAGCAGACUAAGUCUAACAUCAAGACAACAAAGUACAUGGAAAUACUGGCUACAAUAAGUAACAGGCUCAGUUUUACUUACUCUAGAUUACUAUGAUAUUUCACUGGGUUGGUUGUGAUGUCUACUAUGAAAUGAGAAACAAUGUCAUAAACAACAAAUGCUCAUUUAAAGCACUUUAUUGUUUUUAUUGAACUACAGCUUCCUUUUUUCAUGUUUCCAAGGAGUUCUGGGGCCUGAUUUAUUACUCAUCCAUUAACAUGUGACAACAUGAAAUUAUGCCCUGCAUAAGCUAAAUUGCUUCCACAGAAAAUGAACAAACAACACAUUCAAUUUACUAUCAACACUUAAUUGGCUAUGAUCCAGGAUAAUUACUAUCAAUUUAUAAUUUUACAUAGACUGCUGUAAAAUUUAUAUUAAAGGGUUUUAUUUUAUACUAUUGCAGUACUUAGAAAUGCACUCCAGCGGCUCUACAAAUCCAGAUGUUGAAUUGUAUCACUUUUACCUAAAUACUACAGGCUCAAACCCAAAGGUGACUUUUAAUUUAUUAUAAACCUACAGUUUAACACUAGUCUAUCUAGUAGUGUUAUAAGUUUUAUCAUCUAUUUAAAAAGUCUGUUUUAAAAGUUCCUGCUGUUCCUGCUGUUCUCGUUAGGAAAAAUAUAACCAGCACACCAUUUGAAAUAUGCUGGUGGGCUGAAAUGCACUUGACUGAACCUGUUCUCCUGGAGUGCUUUGGAACUCCUGUGACUAAAAUGUAUUGAACAUCAGACUUCUGUUGUGCACUACAUCUCCAGGGCUGGAUUCUCAGCAGCCAAGUGCCUGUAUUACUUCAAAGAGAUGCUCUGCUGCUCUAUACCAGCUGAGAAUGUAGAUCUCUGGAGUUUGGGGGUUUUAUUUUCCUGUUGGUUUUACUUUUUUUUGUUUGUCUGUUCAUGUUUAUUAUGGUUUUAGUGUUUUGGUUUGUUUUUAUAAAGAAGGUUGCUAAGUGGUGUUCUAAUAAUUGCAAUAAAAUGGUUUGUGUCAUAUGUUUCUCAUAACUUUUGACUAAGGAAUAGAAUGGCAUUUACGAUUAAAAUAUAUCUUUGUAUAAAAAUACCAUGUUCAGGAAUUUACUUACAUUGAACUACAUUGCAGGGGGAUUUUUAUGACUUUCAUUGUUUUAAUUUUCUUCAAGAAGCUUAACAGAUAUCUGAACCUUUGACACCACCAAACUGUUUAGAAUUGCCCAUUUUUUUAAGGUCUAUAGUGUGUAUCAGAUGAUAAAGGUAGUUCAAUUUAUACUGGGAAAAAAAAGCCUUAAAAAAAUAUCCACAGCUACCACUAAAAAAAUAAAGUUGUUUUGAGGAUUUUUUUUAUACAGUUAAGUCUUAUAGUUUCAUAGAUAACCAUAUGCAAACAGAAACAAAGUAUGAAGAAAGUUAAACUUCUGUAUGCUAUAUGUAACAGAUGAACACCAAUGUUAACUACUUGUUUCAUGUCAGAACCACGGCCUUCCUACCAAUACACUGUAACUAUUUAUCCCCUCUUAAAAACAUUUUGCAGACAAAAAAAUAAAGAGAAUGUUGAAUAGAGAGUAAGUAAGAUCUCUAACCAAGGUCCCAAACAAAACAGAACUCCACUAUACUACGCUACUACACUGCACUACAGAACAGUAUUAUGAGGAUUUAGGUGCUGACAUGUAGUGACUGUUGUAUGGAAUUUUCAGUUAUAAUCCAGAAAUGAAUACAUAAAAAUAUUUUGUUGUAAAAGAUAAGAUACAGUGCUAUUAAACAUUGUCUUAAGUAAUGUGGAAAAAUAAAAAAAG